UCUCCUGGUUUUUCCCUGCCUCAGAGCUCUUUUUCUUUCUUUUUAUUGAAAAAGCAUCAGCCUUUUGGAAGAAUCGACUCUUGAUUUGUGUCUAAUGAUCCGUAUUAUAAAACGUUUAAUAGCUUGAAGAUUUCGUUGAUUGCAGUGCUUCUCUUGGUCUAGUGCUAGGUUGAAACCAAUCCCUUUUGUUGCGUUAGGAAGGCACAAUUUGGAGUUAUGCUUCUCUCAGCACUUUUAACUUCAGUUGGAAUCAAUCUUGGGCUCUGUUUUCUGUUUUUCACUUUGUAUUCAAUUUUGAGAAAACAGCCUGCCAAUGUCACUGUAUACGGUCCCCGGCUUGUUAAAGACGGGAAAUCUCAGCAGUCAAAUGAUUUCAAUCUCGAGAGGCUUUUGCCUACAGCAGGUUGGGUCAAAAGAGCACUGGAACCUACCAAUGAUGAAAUCCUUUCUAAUCUUGGCUUAGAUGCUUUGGUCUUCGUUCGUGUUUUUGUCUUCAGUAUAAGAGUGUUUAGCUUUGCUUCUGUGGUUGGAGUCUUUAUACUUCUUCCGGUUAAUUAUAUGGGCACCGAGUUUGAAGAGUUUUUUGACCUGCCAAAGAAGUCUAUGGAUAACUUCAGCAUUUCUAAUGUUAACGAUGGAUCGAAUAAGCUGUGGAUCCACUUUUGCGCAAUAUACAUCUUCACUGCAGUUGUUUGCUCUCUACUUUACCAUGAGCACCAGUACAUCUCAUCAAAGCGGAUAGCUCAUCUUUAUUCAUCCAAGCCUCAGCCACACGAAUUUACGGUUCUGGUCAGUGGCGUUCCUCUUGUAUCCGGGAACAGUAUAAGUGAGACAGUGGAAAACUUUUUCAGGGAAUAUCAUUCUUCCACGUAUCUUUCUCAUAUAGUUGUUCAUCGAACAGACAAGUUAAAAGUUCUCAUGAAUGAUGCUGAGAAGCUGUACAAGAAGCUUACUCGAGUAAAAUCUGGAAGCAUAUCUCGCCAAAAAUCUAGGCGGGAUGGGUUUUUAGGGAUGUUUGGGAGGAAUGUUGAUGUGGUUGACCAUUACCAAAAGAAGCUUGACAAGUUAGAAGACGACAUGAGAUUGAAGCAGUCUUUAUUAGCAGGAGAGGAAGUUCCAGCUGCUUUCGUUUCCUUUAGGACAAGACAUGGUGCUGCAAUAGCAGCAAACAUUCAGCAAGGUAUAGAUCCAACACAAUGGCUGACUGAGACAGCCCCCGAGCCUAGUGAUGUUCAUUGGCCAUUUUUCACUGCAUCGUUUGUGAGAAGAUGGAUCUCCAAUGUGGUGGUGCUCGUGGCUUUCGUAACUCUGUUAAUCCUAUACAUUGUCCCUGUUGUAGUGGUUCAAGGUCUUGCCAAUCUUCACCAGUUAGAGACUUGGUUCCCUUUUCUAACAGGCUUAUUAAAUAUGAAAAUCGUGAGCACAGUGAUUACGGGAUAUCUUCCGAGUCUAAUUUUCCAGCUUUUCCUUUUGACAGUACCACCCAUUAUGCUUCUACUUUCCUCAAUGCAAGGAUUCAAUUCUCAUAGCCAGAUCGAGAAAUCUGCAUGUAUCAAGCUUCUAAUCUUUACCGUGUGGAACAGUUUCUUUACAAAUGUACUGUCCGGAUCUGCUCUUUAUCGUGUUAAUGUGUUCCUUGAACCUAAGACUAUUCCUCGUGUGCUUGCUGCAGCUGUGCCAGCACAGGCAUCUUUCUUUGUAUCUUAUGUUGUGACAUCUGGAUGGACUGGUUUAUCAUCAGAGGUCCUACGUUUGGUUCCUCUUCUUUGGAAUUUAAUAAAUAAACUUUUCGGCAAGGAAGAUGACAAAGAAUUUGAGGUUCCUUCAACUCCUUUCUGCCAAGAAAUCCCAAAGAUCCUAUUUUUUGGACUUCUCGGUAUAACGUACUUCUUCCUUUCGCCAUUGAUACUGCCGUUCUUGUUGGGUUACUAUUGUCUUGGAUAUGUCAUCUACCGCAACCAGCUCCUAAACGUAUAUGCGGCCAAGUAUGAAACUGGUGGAAAGUUUUGGCCAAUAGUACACAGCUAUACUAUCUUCUCUUUGGUACUAAUGCACAUAAUUGCAGUCGGACUAUUCGGGCUUAAAGAGGUUCCAUGGGCAUCUUAUUUAACAAUCCCGCUGCCGAUUCUCACAGUCCUUUUCAGCAUUUAUUGCCAAAGACGGUUUUUACCAAAUUUCAGAUCGUAUCCUACCGAGUGUCUGGUAAACAAAGACAAAGAAGACGAGAGAGACCAAAACAUGUCUGAAUUCUAUUCGAAACUUGUUGUUGCUUAUAGAGAUCCUGCGCUUUCGGCAUCACAAAACUCACGAGACAUCUCACCUUGAGAUCCUCCGCUUCAUCAUUCACGCGUUACGCGCCUGAGAAGAAAAGCUUUUACUUGAACUUUUGAAGUUUGCUGCAUAUACAUGUUGAUACUCAUAUACAUGUUGAUGUGGUGUAUCAUACACGGUGUAUGUUAGUUACUAUACACAUACUAAACCGGUUGUCUUGUACAUUGGGUAUUAACCGAGUUUUGUAUUAGAUCUACCACGUGACCAUAAUCUCAGUACUUUUUUUUU